AUGCCUAUAAUAGAACCCAAAAUCUUCCUCCCACCCCGCCCAAAACGCACACUUUUGUCCGCCGGUCCACCUUCCAAGAAACGCAAAACAGUACACAAAAUAGAUGAGAUCAGUUUCGACAAUGAUGCGAGGGCUGAUUAUCUGACGGGGUUUCAUAAGAGGAAAGUUGCGAGAGCGACUAAGGCUAGAGAGGAGGCCGAGAAGAAGGAGAAGGAGGAGAGGGUUAGGAUUAGAGCUCAGUUGCGAGAGGAGAGGAAACAGGAGCUGGAGGAACAUGUUGAGGCUGUUAAUCGCGCCUUGAAGGAAGUAAGGGAUCCGGGCGUGGAAUGGGAGGAGAGUGAUGGUGAUACGUGGGAGGGGAUAGCUGAUGAUGUAGUGGAGGUGGAGGUUGUGGAUCGCGAAGAGGAGUAUGUGGACGAGGAUCGGUAUACGACUGUUACUGUGGAAGCGGUUGAUAUAUCCAAGGAAGGAUUUACGAAGACUGUUGUGGAGGAUGGCAGUGACGAGGAGAAGCAGGCCCCGAAGGUGGUGGAGGAAGAGAAGACCAAGAAAGUGUGGCCCAAGAAAGCCCCGAAGAAGAAAUUCAGGUAUGAGAGUAAAGCGGAGAGGAAGUUUACACGGGGCAAGCAAAAGGCUGGGAAUAAAGCAAAGGCAGAUGCUCGUCGGGGAACUUGA